UAAUGUAAAAAGCACUUCAAAUUCAAAAACUAUUAUUUUGAUUAAAUCCUAAUUAGUUAUUCUUUAAUUUUUUCAAGUUGGACAUUUCUUCGUUAAUAAUUAAAUCAGCAAGACAAUUAAGCUCUACAAUUUACGGUGAUUAUCCUUUAAGCAACGCUUUGUUUCUCUUUCUCUUUCUUUUUCUUUCUCUCUUCUUUUCUUUAUCUUCUGCUCUCUCUUUCUGUCUUUCUUUCUCUCUCUGGUUUCAUUUUUAUUUUACAUUUUAUUAUAAAUUUUUUAUAUUUAAGUCUAUAUAUAUAAGUUGACUGGUUUUAAUCUGUUGUCAAAAUCAUUGCCUAAUUUUUUUUGUAAUAUUUCAUCUGGCUUUUGGGGUAUUGUUCGUCUUCGCCAUCCCCUUUCUUCAUCUACAUCAACACUUUAUAUUUUGUCACUAUCAUCAUCGUUAACAACACCAUCGUCAUCAAAAAAAUCUGUGUGGCUUCAUUCAAACCAUUGUUGCUGUUAAAUCGUUGUUAUUGUGUGUUUACAAUAUACUAACCGUUAUUUAUUUACUCUUAUUUAUGACUCGCUUUGCGCUUAGAGCAUAAGGAACCAGCUGUCAAAUUUAAUUUUUGUUAUUCAAAAGGCGCCAUUUCUGGUUAUAAAGAUAAUUUCCUAAUACUAUUUCUGAUUAUUCUAAAAUGGCUGUUCAAGGUGCCAAUGGUGAUAUGGUUGAUUUGGAGUCUUCUCUUCUCCAACAGUUUUCUUGUCUGGCUACUCAAGACAAAGAUGUUCUUAUCAAUCAAUUCCAAAAAUUACUUUCACCUAACCAAUUGUCACCAGAAGGAUGUGCUUUCUUCUUAGACAUGAACAAUUGGAAUCUUCAACAAGCUAUCUGUUCUUAUUUCGAUUUAGAUGCACCCAGAGAGCUUGGAAUGGAAGCAUUACCCAACAUGAGUUUCAUUAAAGACGUAACAAUUGGUGAAGGCGAAGAAGUACCUCCAAAUACUCGAUUCGUUAAAACCUGGAGAAUUCAAAAUUCAGGCACGGAAAAAUGGCCACCAGGCUGUUCUUUACGGUUUAUAAAUGGUCAUUUAAUGGGUAAUUGUGAAAGAGUGGUGGUAGAUCCUUUGGAGCCUGGACAGAUGGCUGAUGUAUCUUUAGAAAUGGUCAGUCCUGCUCAAUCUGGUAUUUACCAAGGACAAUGGAGAAUGAGUACGGCUAUUGGUCAAUUUUUUGGAGAGAUAAUUUGGGUGAUAAUCACAGUUGCUGAAGGGGGACUUUUAAGUUUAACUCAACAAAUGGAUUCAUUCCAUCAGUUAGGAUCUCCCGUUGAAAGCCAUCCUAGCAAAAUGGAUACCAGUGUUAACCCCUUUGCCUCUCGAACUAAUCGUUUGAAAACAGAAGACACUUCUGACCAAAGUCGCUACUUUUCAUGGCCUUCUAAUCCAUCUAAUAACUGGUCUUCUAGUGAUUGUCCGCAAGAAGGAAACAGUAGUAGUGGUAAUAAUAUAGUAGCAACGAUGAAAGAUACUGAAAGUGACCAAAUUAAUGAUGCAAGUGUUAGCGAAAAAAAUCAAAUCCCAAUAGGACAAAUUGAAAACAAGAAUUUAUCUAUAUCAGAAUCUAAUCAUUUGCCACCAACUCCACCGCCAUCGGAAGAUAUGAUGUUAUAAGAUAUUAACUUGAUAUAACAAGACAAGGAUUAAAAAAGAGCCUGAGGACGAAAGUAACCAUCAAAUCAAUCGACUGACGCAAAUCUAUUGGUAAUGAUCUAUUAAAGCAAACGUCUGCUCAGUCAAGAUAGUUAGCCACUAUCAACGGAACAUUGUGAUCCUAAUGUGCUCAAAAGAAAGAAAGCCAUUUCUGAUUUAAGGUUAAUUAACCUCUUCAUCUCUCUUUAUGCCGAAGAAACAAUUAACCUGCUUAUAAAUAUAUAUAUUUGCUCUCCUUUUUUCUAGGAGAAAACUUAUCAUCUGAGUAAAGAUAACAAAAAAAACAAAUUUUGAAAUUAGAUAUUUAACUUGAAUCAUGAAUCACUCAAAAUUUUCAUAUGCCAAAACCAAACAAAAUGCCCAAUCAAUUGUCGGCACCUAUAAUCACCAUACUUCCAUAUGUCAAUCAAAAAAAGAAAUCUUAAAUUCUAUGGGAGAGAAACUUGACCGAUUGUGAUAAACUUUUUUCGUGGUGUCAAA